CUCUCUCUCUCUCUCUCUCUCUCUCUCUCUCUCUCUCUCUCUCUCUCUCUCUCUCUCUCUCUCUCUUCUGAAUGUUGGGAGCCCUGGACAAUGUCGUACCCGCAGUUCGGAUAUCCCUACACAUCUGCACCUCAGUUUCUGAUGACCACCAACCCCCUGACUACGUGCUGUGAGUCAAGUGGCAGAACACUGACGGAUUCAGGGGCUGCUGCCUCUGCACAAACCCCUGUCUAUUGUCCCGUGUACGAGAGCAGGCUGUUGGCCACGGCCAGACAUGAGCUGAACUCAGCGGCUGCCCUCGGAAUGUACGGGAGCCCGUAUGCCACCAGCCAGGGAUAUGGCAACUAUGUGACCUACGGGGCAGACCCUUCGGCUUUUUAUUCACUGAGUCCAUUUGACACCAAGGAUGCGGCGGGAUCUGCGCAUGCGGGAAUCGCCCAGGCUACUGCCUAUUACCCAUAUGAUCCUAGCUUGGGACAGUAUCAGUAUGACAGGUAUGGGGCGGUGGAUCCAGGAGCCAGGCGCAAAAAUGCAACUCGAGAGACCACCAGCACACUAAAAGCCUGGUUGCAGGAGCACAGGAAGAACCCCUACCCCACCAAGGGGGAGAAGAUCAUGCUGGCCAUCAUCACCAAGAUGACCCUGACCCAAGUCUCCACUUGGUUCGCCAACGCCAGGAGGAGGCUCAAGAAGGAGAACAAGAUGACCUGGUCGCCGAGGAAUAAAUGCGCCGAUGACAAAAAACCCUACGACGAGGAAGAAGAUGGAAGUCCAAGCCGUAAGACCCCGGAAGAUAAGCACAAUGAUGAUACCACAUGCAAAGACAAAGAGCUGCAGCUGAGUGACCUCGAUGACUUUGAUGGAAUCGAGACAGAAAGUGACGAGUGCGAGCUGAAAGGCCCGUUUCAACAGAUGGACAACGGUCAGAUCAAGGUUUCAGAAUGUCCGGCUGACCAGUGCAAGAAGGUCGCCUUAAAGAUACCCUUGCCAGCACCGGGAGAUGGCUAUUCAGAAAAGGUCAAGAACUGUCUCAAGCGAGUGAUGACGAACUCCGAGCAAGAUCUAAUGGCUGGAGGACAGCGGGGAUGUGAAUCCAAGUUUUGCUUCCAGCAGCAACAACACAGGCAGCAAAUGCUGGACAGCAAGCCCCGGAUCUGGUCCCUAGCUCAGACGGCUACUUCGCUGAGCCAAGCCGAGUAUCCAUCUUGCAUGUUGAAACGGCAUCAGCAGGCUAUCUCAUCCUCGCCCCUUUUGGCCUCUAUGCCUGCCGGCGUGGUGGACAGGCAAGAUUCCCCUGUGACCACCCUAAGGAAUUGGGUGGACGGGGUUUUCCACGACCCUCUAUUCAGACACAGCACUUUAAACCAGGCACUUACCAACACCACCGUUUCUUGGGCUACCACCAAAGGCACUAUCUUGGAUACAGAGGCAAUGGGGCGCUCUUUGGGAACUCCUACAAAUACAAUUAAAGGACAGAUCCCAGGUUUACCCCAGCAAGAAAAUAGUAAGGACAUCACAACGUUUCCUAAAACAGGGAACAAAAUGUUCUGUUCAUAACAAACCAAAUAAUAUGGACUCUUGCUCCGGAGCCUUGUGAUGCACUAGGAAGAGGCGAGAUGUUCUAUUCAGAAUCCCAGCCCAUCUUUUACUAGACUUUAUAUAUUUCAUCACUGUUUAAAACUUUUCACAAAACGGCUGAAGUUAUCUUAGGCGCUCUUUAACUCAAUAGUGCUGUGUAAUUUAUUCAAGUCCGUGUGGGAAAGCACGUCUAAACGAAAUUAUAGACAUAUCGGUAAGGUUUACAGAUGCCAGCGUUUACAGGAGUGGGUAGCUUAGGUCGGAAUUCGCAGUCUGCCUGAAAGCAUGCAAAUAUAAUUUCCCGAAAAUUCAAUUUUUGAAAAGAAUAUUUAUGCUAUAACCGAGCUCUGCCAAUGGAUCACUUGCAACACUUGUUAGAACUUUACACCGUUGCACAGUUCUUUAGCUUUAAGAAAUACAAGGAUAUAUGUUAAACAUAUAUGCACUGAAAUAAAUGUGCUCCUUUAGAGGUAUCUAACGAGCGUUGUCUGGUUACAUUGUGGAUGGAUAGAAUGAUUGAAUAAUGAGAUCAAACAAUUUUCCAUUUUAAAGUUAUAACCCGUCAGAUAAAAGUAUAUUACUCACUUUAUCUAUUUUUAGAUACGAUACUAUUGAAGUUUUCUUUAACUUUUAUUUGAUAGAACAGCAUGCACUUACUUCACAUUAAAAAAUAUUUUCCAAAAGUACUCCCUGCUUCUUUCCUGGCCAAUUACUUCUUAACGUUCUAUAAUUCCCUUUCGUCCCACUCGGGACGUUUCUUCGUUAUACACUCGUUUGUUACAAUGAUUGCAUUUUGCCAGUAGGUCAACUAUCUUCAAAUCUAAAGUAAGAAGUAUACCUUCAUCGACUCUGCAAGAUUGGAUAAAUUAAAGAUUCGUCAGUAUUUAUGACAUGGCUCCGAUUGUCAGAAAUAAUCAAAGUUUGAACCUCUAUUUUAUGAGUUCAGGUGUAGAGCAACAUGCCAGACAUCUUGUUCAUUCUUCUUAGUGGACCGUGCUUUUUUCUCCAAUUCGGAAAGGAAUUUUUCAAAGGAAACCCAAGUUUUAUGCCAUAGAUCUGACAUGGUGGAAGAAAUAUGCAUGGUAUGUUAUUUCAAAAAGCGUGGCAAUGUUGUCCCAAUGACAUUAAACAAUGCAUAAAUUUAUUGUAUAAUUUCAAAACAUUUCAAGAUCUACUCCACGUUUAAACAAAAGCUAUAGAACUUUUCAUGUAUUCAAGUGAUUGUAUUCAAUGAAUUGUAGUUUGUGGUCAAUACACGCAUCUCAAUACUUGGAACUAAGAGAACGCUGACCAGGAAUCAUUUUCUAUUAUUUUCUUUUUCUUUUUUCAGAAAAAACUUGCGAAAUGAAUUAACAAAACAAGAUAGUACAAUGAUUUGCACCAACCUUGAAAAGUGUCGUUUUAGUGUUCAGCAGCAGU